GGGGUGCCGGGGCGAGCGCCGAUCCCCCGGCUCGACCAUCCGCCCGCCGCCCGGACGCCUGGGCCGCGGAGUUUGUGUCCCGGCUCGGACCCCGGCGCCCACCCCGGAGCCGUAACCUUGAGGCGGCGGCGGCGGGGCCGGGCCGGGCCGGGCCGGGGGGCGGCGGCGCUGGAUCCGCGGCUGCCCGAUCGUUGGCGGGAGAUGUCGAACCCCGGGACACGCAGGAACGGCUCCAGCAUCAAGAUCCGUCUGACAGUAUUAUGUGCCAAGAACCUUGCAAAGAAAGACUUCUUCAGACUCCCUGACCCUUUUGCAAAGAUUGUUGUGGACGGAUCUGGGCAGUGCCACUCAACGGACACUGUGAAAAACACAUUGGACCCGAAGUGGAACCAGCACUACGAUCUAUAUGUUGGGAAAAGCGAUUCUAUAACCAUCAGCGUGUGGAACCACAAGAAAAUUCACAAGAAGCAGGGAGCUGGCUUCCUGGGCUGUGUGCGGCUGCUCUCCAACACCAUCAGCAGAUUAAAAGAUACUGGAUACCAGCGUUUGGAUCUAUGCAAACUAAAUCCCUCAGAUACUGAUGCAGUUCGUGGCCAAAUAGUGGUCAGUUUACAGACACGAGACAGAAUAGGCACUGGAGGGUCUGUGGUAGACUGCAGAGGACUGUUAGAAAAUGAAGGAACGGUGUAUGAAGACUCAGGGCCUGGAAGGCCGCUCAGCUGCUUCAUGGAGGAACCAGCCCCUUACACAGAUGGUACUGGUGCUGCUGCGGGUGGAGGGAACUGCAGGUUUGUCGAAUCCCCAAGUCAAGAUCCAAGACUUCAGGCACAGCGACUACGGAAUCCUGAGGUCCGAGGGUCACUACAGACACCUCAGAACCGACCCCAUGGCCACCAGUCACCAGAACUGCCCGAAGGCUAUGAGCAAAGAACAACAGUGCAGGGGCAAGUGUACUUUUUGCACACACAGACUGGAGUUAGCACGUGGCACGACCCCAGGAUACCAAGAGACCUUAACAGUGUGAAUUGUGAUGAACUUGGACCACUGCCACCAGGUUGGGAAGUCAGAAGUACAGUUUCUGGGAGAAUAUAUUUUGUAGAUCAUAAUAACCGAACAACCCAGUUUACAGACCCAAGGUUACACCACAUCAUGAAUCACCAGUGCCAACUCAAAGAGCCCAGCCAGCCGCUGCCAUUGCCCAGUGAGGGCUCUGUGGAAGACGAGGAGCUUCCCGCCCAGAGAUAUGAAAGAGAUUUAGUCCAGAAACUGAAGGUCCUCAGACACGAACUUUCACUUCAGCAACCCCAAGCUGGGCAUUGCCGCAUCGAAGUUUCCAGAGAAGAAAUAUUUGAGGAGUCUUAUCGUCAGAUAAUGAAGAUGCGACCAAAAGACUUGAAAAAACGACUGAUGGUGAAAUUCCGUGGAGAGGAAGGUUUGGAUUACGGUGGAGUGGCGAGAGAGUGGCUUUAUUUAUUGUGCCAUGAAAUGUUGAAUCCAUAUUAUGGACUUUUCCAAUAUUCUACGGACAAUAUUUACAUGUUGCAAAUCAACCCAGAUUCUUCAAUCAACCCUGACCAUUUGUCUUACUUCCAUUUUGUGGGUCGGAUCAUGGGUCUGGCUGUGUUCCACGGACACUACAUAAAUGGGGGGUUCACCGUUCCCUUCUAUAAGCAGCUACUGGGGAAACCCAUCCAGCUCUCUGAUUUAGAAUCGGUGGACCCAGAACUACAUAAGAGCUUAGUGUGGAUUCUAGAGAACGAUAUCACCCCUGUGCUGGACCACACUUUCUGUGUGGAACACAAUGCUUUCGGGAGGAUUCUUCAGCAUGAACUGAAACCCAACGGCAGAAAUGUUCCUGUCACAGAGGAGAACAAGAAAGAAUAUGUCCGGUUAUAUGUAAAUUGGAGGUUUAUGAGAGGAAUUGAAGCCCAGUUCUUAGCUCUUCAGAAAGGCUUUAAUGAACUCAUUCCUCAACACUUACUGAAGCCUUUUGACCAGAAGGAACUGGAGUUGAUCAUAGGCGGCCUGGAUAAAAUAGACUUGAACGACUGGAAGUCCAACACUCGGCUGAAGCACUGCGUGGCCGACAGCAACAUCGUCAGGUGGUUCUGGCAGGCGGUGGAGACCUUCGAUGAGGAAAGGAGGGCCAGGCUCCUACAGUUUGUGACUGGGUCGACGCGAGUCCCUCUCCAAGGUUUCAAGGCUUUGCAAGGUUCUACAGGCGCCGCAGGGCCCCGGCUCUUCACCAUCCACCUCAUCGACGCCAACACCGACAACCUCCCGAAGGCCCACACCUGGCAAAGCGUCUGGCAGAGACCCAAGAGGCCCAUCAGGGAAUUGCCUGGAACCAGAUUCCUGAGGAAGAAGGAAUGUGGAGCUGUGAUGGCACAGGGACCCAGAGCGCGACCCAUCCCACAGGCUCAGGCCCUCCACAGAGGGACCCUCCACUGCCUGUGUCCAUCCUCCUGAUGGCCAGGCAGAGCUCAGAUGCUUGGACACCCACCCGCCCAGAACCGCUGACUGAGACUCUGGUCCUCUCCUCAGACUCAGAUGUUAUCAAGAGGUCCCAGGGCCCUCCCCUAUAUUCAGGAAAAUGAGGAUGGUGCCCCCAGGAAUUCUCUCCUCCAGUGGUCUUUG